GCAAGACCAGACUUCGUGGAAAUUGGUGACGAGAUGAUGGAAGACUGGUCAUUGUCAAGCGGCUUGUCACGAGCCAGGGCAGGAGGCAUCCAAAGCCGAGAUGACCCCGACAUGUGCUUUGGCAUUGAUGAGCUGAACAAGCGAGAGGCUUGGCACAGUGCCUUGAUGUGCAUUGCACGACAUAGCAAACGGAGUCUUGUCCAUAGUUCAGUGCGCAGAAAUCUACUGGAGGUGGGCCGGUGGAAGCCAUGCGUAUGA